AUGCGACCGCGCCUGUGCCUCGGCGGCCUCGUCGCCCUCUGUGUCUCCGCCGCCUCCGGGGAAACCUACCUGUCGUUCCAGCGCACGACGGACGUGAUCGGCGUCGCGAGCAGCUUCGACGCCGACGGCUCCCUCCCGCUCGGAAAUGUGACCAUCUCCAUCGUCGCGCGGCUGCACGCGUUCCGGAAGCACUCCGCCUACGUGUUCAUGUCCAACUGGGACUUUUCGAUGCGGCUCGCGGCGGACAACGCCGCGGGCAUCAACUUCGACGGGAAGACCUUCGAGGUGCCCGCGCUCGAAGGCGUGAACGUAAACGACUGGCACCGGUACACGAUAAGCUACGACAAGGGCCGGGACGUGCUCUCGCUGCGCGUGGACGACGCGCUGCGCUGGAACACGACGGCGGAGAAAGCCUCGAGCUCCACCGCCGGCGUCUUCGGGCCGGGCGCCAUAGAGACGAUCUACUUUGGCCAGUACGGCUCGUACGCCGACGGCGCGUUCACGCGGUUGCACAACGACUUCGUCUUCCUCGGAGGCCUGCGGAGCGUCGCGAUCUGGGCCAACGCGAUCGCGGAGGGCUCCCCAGCUAUCCGCUACGAGAUGAACACGUCCUCGACGCUGAAGAACCUCGGCGCGGCGGGCGCGCGCUACGACGGCGUCUCGGGAGGCAUCGCCGCGGGAGACACGUUCGCGUCGAGCUUCGUCAACGAGGCGGACGCCUACGAAUGCUCCGCCUUCUCGGCGACGCUCACGUCCCCGACGCUCUCGGACUACUCGCUCUCGAGUCGUCCGCGGCUCGACAACGCGACCUACGAGCUCGCGGAAGACGACUCCUUCGAGUUCCUGCCCGAGGGCUUCGACGACGCGGGGAUGCCGAUGCGCUACUCCGUCGUCUCGCUGCCGCCCUCGGGCACGCUCUACGAGGUCGACGUGAGCAAAGGAGCAGACGACGUCCUCGUCGACGCCGCCCCCUACGAGCCGACGUUCGUCUUCUCGCGCUACAAGUACGUGCCGAGCGACGACUUCGACGGGUCGGAGAUCGCCGACUUUUACAGCACCACGAGCAACAAUCGCACCUCGAAGAUCGCGACCCUCCGCUUCGUCAUCGCGUACCCCGUCGACGACCUGCCGUCGCCGUCGUCGACGAACGUGACGCUCGACCAGUUCGCCAACGCGUCCUUCGUCGUCGCGUCGAGGGACGAGGACACGGCCCACACCGUCGUCGUCGUCGCGUCGCUCCCCGUCUACGGCGACCUCUACGUCACGCACGAAGGCGCGACGACGCUCGUCUCGGCGCCGUUCGAGCCGUCGACGCGCGUGGCCACCUUCGACCAGUACGCGUCGGCCGUCCACGCCGUGUCCACCUUCUGGCCGUCGAGCAAGGACGUGGAGAACGGCGAGGGCGUCCUCUAUCCGCGCUGGCACCCGAACCAGAUCCUGGGCCCGGGCGACGCGCCGGACGCGUGGGGCGACAGCGACCGCGCGUACUGCCCGUCGACGCUGCAGGGCGGCACUGGGUACGCCGCCUCGGGCUACACGGAGUUCAUCGAGAUCGAGAUCGACGAGGCCGUCUACGUCACGAGGCUCGAGAUCGGCGAGAACCGCGGCAUGGGCUCCAUCACGUCGCUCAAGGCCUGGGACGCCGUCUCCGAGACCUACUCCGUCCUGUGGGCCGACGACGCGGACGCGCGCAUCGAGGCCGAGUUCCGCCGAUUAGGGUUAGGGUUAGGGUUAGGGUUACCGUUAGGGUUAGGGUUAGGGUUAGGGUUAGGGUUAGGGUUAGG